AUGACCAAACGUAGCCGCAGCUCCACCGGUCGGUAUGGCGGUUGUCGAGACGUUACCCGACCACUCGAACUCGGCACAGCCGUCGCUGACAUAGAGCUAACGCUAAUCGCCGCCGAGCUCUGGGUCGACAGGGCCGAAGUCGAAGCCGAAGACGAGGACGCAUCUGUACUAGCGACCGACGCAGCAGCCGUCGGAGUUGUCUCGAAGGCCGAAGCAGUAGAAGCACUCGUCGCAGGAGCACUCGUCGCAGAAGUAGUACCAGCCGCCAUCAAACCCGAAGUCGUCCCAUCAUCCCCCACCCCUUUCCCCCAUCCACCCCCAACCGCCCCCUCAAUGCCUUCACAAACAAACGCUAUCCCCCUAAACCGCCCCGGCGCCGCACAAGUCCCAUCUGCAUCCGGCCCCGUCGGCCGAUACAGCGCCCCCGGCGGAUACGACUCCAGGAGCUCUCCGCACGCCGCAUCGGCAUAG